AAUGAGAAUGAAGAAAUGAACAAAAUUUAAUAUGAGCAGCAAAGAAAAAUACUUGAACAGCUAGAUAACUUGUUGUUCAGUUACAAAUUGAUUGAAAAAUAUAAACUUUAACAAAUCAAGGAAACCCAAGUAUUAAAUCAAAAGCAAGUGGGUUUUUCUUUUUCAAUAUGAUGAUUCCUAUACAUGCAUUUUUCUUGUAUAUAAAUGUAUAUAGUAAGGUUUUAUGGAUCUGUACAAUACAUAUUUUGAGCUUAGAAAAAUGGGUAUUACUAUUAACAGUGUGAGAUUCAUUUUUGUAAGCUUUUUAGCUACUUGGGUUCUUGGAGUUGAAGAAGUGAAUGGUGAUUCAGUUCAUUGUAAAUAUCCAGCAAUUUUCAAUUUUGGGGACUCAAAUUCAGAUACUGGCUCUAUAUCAGCUGCAUUUUUUCCAAGACCAGCUCCCAAUGGUGUAACUUUCUUUCACAGCCCAGCUGGAAGAGUUGGUGAUGGCCGUUUAAUCGUUGAUUUCAUUGCUAAGUACUUUGGAUUGCCUUACUUGAGUCCAUAUUUGGAUUCAUUUGGUACCAAAUUCAGACAUGGUGCCAACUUUGCCACUGGUGGAGCCACUAUCAGGCGUUCUAAUGAUUCUUUGUUUAUAAGUGGUAUUAGCCCAUUUCCAUUUGAUAUCCAAACUGUGCAAUAUUCCAACCUCAAGAACAGGACCACUAUGCUUUACACCCAAGCCAAGAGAAACUCAGAUAUAAGAAAGAACUUUCCAAGACCAAAAGACUUCUCAAAGUCUCUUUUCAUAGUUGAUAUUGGCCAAAACGACCUUGCUGCAGGUUUCCGGAACAUGAUGAUGACUAAAGAAAAACUUGUUGCAGAAAUCCCUGAUAUGAUGAAUUUGUUCUCUUUAGGCAUCCAAUUUCUGUAUCAACAAGGAGCAAGGACAUUUUGGAUACACAACACAGGCCCCAUUGGUUGCCUGCCAUCGACCUUGUUCGAUGUUCGAAAUCCAGUCCCUGGUUUUCUCGAUGGAAACGGCUGUAUCAAGUCUCAAAACGACAUGGCAAAAGAGUUCAAUAGGCAGCUGAAGAGAAAAGUUAGUGAACUAAAGGCACAGCUUCCUUUUGCUGCAUUAACAUAUGUAGAUAUGUAUGCUGCAAAGUACAGUUUGAUCAGCAAUGCAAAGAAACUAGGAUUUUAUGAAAACUUGAAUAUCUGUUGUGGUUCCUUUAAAGAUGGGGUUCGUAAAUAUUGUGGGAAUAAUAUUCUAAAGAAUGGUACUCAGUAUUUUGUUAAUCCAUGUAAAGAUCCUUCCUUGCAUAUCAGUUGGGAUGGUAUACACUACACUGAGGCUGCAAAUCGAUGGAUUACUAACCAAAUAAUAAAGGGUUCUUUCUCUGAUCCAAAGUUUCCCAUCUCACAAGCAUGUAUUAGGCACUAACUAAUCUAUGUGAUUAUACUAUAAACAUAAUCCAUUUAUUGAUUAAUGUGUUCCUUUAACUUGAUCAAAAGUUCAAAGUGGCUAAUGUUGUUAAUUGGCCAAUAUUGCUUAGUAUUAACCAUAAUAAUAAUAGUGCACUAAACAAGUGGCAUAUGUUUGAUGUUUCAAAAUCUCAGAAUUUGUUCAUGGUUACUAGUGAAUAUCAAAAAACAUUUUGCAAUGAAUGAAAUGUUGGAUAU